UCGCUUCCGCCUUCGCUGUUCUCGCCGUGUCAUGUGGAUGUCAAAACUCCCGAGCUGACUGACGGGGCUUCUUUGGCGUCGAAGUCUACGCGGUGGCGCCGUAAAAAUAAACCGCAUCUCCGCAGCGGCACUUCCGGGAUUUUCCUCCCCCCCCCCCGCAGAGCCAGGAGGCUCUCCGUGAGGCCGGCCGGCAGCGAUGGAUGACGGGGAGCGGUCGCCGCUGCUGCCCGAGCAGCGCGACGGGGCCAACGGCGUCUCUCCCGGGGGCGGCUCGCUGGGAUACCUGCCGAAGCCGCACAGUUUGGCGCCGUUCGCCAGCCCGGUGGCUGCCGGCGAGCCGCCCCCUCCCUACUCGCCGCAGGGCAGCCCGGACAGCGGCAGCAGCGCUCCGGUCAUCAGCUGCCGCGUCUGCCAGAGCGCCAUACCCGUGGAGGGCAAGGCGCACCAGCACGUGGUGAAGUGCGACAUCUGCAACGAAGCCACGCCGAUAAAGAACGCCCCCGUCGGGAAGAAGUACGUCCGCUGUCCAUGCAACUGUCUCCUGAUCUGCAAAGUCACGUCGCAGAGGAUCGCCUGUCCGAGACCGUACUGUAAACGCGUCAUCAACCUGGGACCCGUUCACAUCGGCAGAGAAAGUCCCGAACCGCAGCAUCAGCCCGUCGGCGUCCGAAUCAUCUGUGGACACUGCGCCAACACCUUCCUGUGGACGGAGUUUUCUGACAGGACCUUGGCCCGAUGUCCACACUGCCGAAAAGUCUCUUCUAUUGGUCGGCGGUACCCCAGGAGGAGGAGCUUGCUGUGCUUCCUGCUGUUUGUUGUCCUCGCCACCUCCACCGCUGGACUCAUGGUCGGAACGUGGACGCCCGCCCGGCACUCUAAAGGGAUCUACGUCUCAUGGGUGCUGCUGAUCCUGCUCGCUCUGUUCACCAUGGCGAGAAGCAUCUACUGGAGGUGUCUGAAAAUCAGCGACCCCAUAUCCAACAUCACGUAGAGAGAGAGAGAGAGAGAGCGAGAAGGUAGAUGAGAGGGCAAGUGGAUGAAGAGUAGGACGGAAAGAGUUUGUAAAAUGAGAGGACGGGAACAAAAUAUACAGGCAAAAUCAAACUGCACACACGCCAGAAUGGAUUUAUGGCGCCCGUUGGGCCCUUUGCUAAGCCCCGCCCCUACACUUUCUGAGAAAAGCAAAUAAGUGACUUCAGAUAGAAUCGGACGGAACGGUACGCAAUGAGUGGAGGAUGUCGGACUGUUUUAAAAGAAAGAUAGAAAGCUACGGGAUCACCAUGGCGAUUGAGACGUAAAGACUACUUGUACUUUGUCUACUGUUAAGUCAUUGAAAACCAAAGGCAGCGCCGAGUAGACGUUCGGUCUUCAUUCACUAUCCAGCUUAGCACAGAAGUGCUAAUGCUAGCGUUAGGAACGAACUUCCUAGUGUCACUAUUACCCAACGUUUACCAAUGACAUUUUAAACGAGGGCGUGGUCGGAGCUGGCUGAUGCUACGCUAUGAUUGGCCAGUCUGCCUCAGGGGGGGCGGAACUUAACGCUUGCUCGAGUGUCCAAACAUCUUAACAAGCAGGAUAGUUUUUUGUUGUAUUAUUACAAACUGGGGAUUGUGGUUCCCACAGAGAUUACAUGAAGACAAAAACUAGAUAUUUUCUGAGCUGGUGGUCGAACGUGACGUUUCAAAGCCCGGUGCUGCUGUUCAAUUCACGACAAUGUAUACAGGUUUUAAUUCUUGUGACCUCAAAUUAUGAAAUCUGUGUUUCCUCCCAAGAAAUGCAAUAAUAGCAAAUAUCAGCUUAGCUUGAGGUGAGAACGCAGUGCAGGAGGGUUUCCUUCUACUGAGCGGUGUAAUCAAAAUCUUUGUGAAACAAUACUUUUGCUUAUGUGUCCUUUAAAUAAUUUAACCCAGAACGUUUGUUUUUCCCGCCAUUCUAGAAGAAUAAAUGACUCCUUUAUUGUAAUUAAAUGUUAGGAUUUUAGGGAAGUGCAAAUAUUGUUUUUUGAUUAAGAUCAAAAGGGUUUAUAACCAUGCGUUUACGUCUACGGCCAGGUAUCGGAGUAUAAAAAUAACAUGUCCUUCUUGGGGCGUUAUUCACGAGAUAACCAGAUAAAAUAAUGAGGAAAAUGUAAUUUACAUAAUUAUUGGCAUUAAGAGUAAGCAGCAAUUUUUCAAAGCAUCUUGUCAGGGUUCAGGUCAUCUCACACGUGGAUUUUGGGGCAUUUGGUUUAAUGUACUUGCGAUUAUUUGAUUUAAUUAAUAAAAAAGCUCUGCUAAACUUUUAACUAAAAGGGGCUUUUUCACUUGUUUGAGUGACUUUAAGAAAUCCUUUGAAGACUCUUAAGUCCAGUUCUCUGUUGAGUGUAAAUAUUUGCUGAUCUUUUUCUGACUGUACAGAAUUCUGUUGAUUUCCCCCUUUUGAGCAUUUAAUGUACGUACUCGCUGACUAUGAAACACGUUGCACUACACUGACGGAUGUGCUCCUACUGUUUGCUCUUGUCUAUUAUUCCGGUGGAUGGAUUGUAUUUUUCUUUUUUGUAUAUUGUGAAACAAAGUAAUACUUUUAACAACGUC